UCCGCGCGGGGAGGCGUGCGGACCUCAGCCCGGCUCCCGGCCAGCCCCGCCGCGCCCCCCGCGGACCCCGCAGCCCCCGGGCAGCCAUGGAGGAACUCACGGCUUUUGUAUCCAAAUCUUUUGACCAGAAAAGCAAGGAGGGCGGCGGCGGCGGCGGCGGCGGCGGCGGCGGCGGCGGCAAGAAGGAUUCGAUCACGUACAGGGAAGUUUUGGAAAGCGGACUGGCGCGCUCCCGGGAGCUGGGGAGCUCGGAGUCCAGCCUCCAGGACCUUACGGAGGGCAGCGGCCACUGCCCGGUGCAUCUGUUUAAGGACCACGUGGACAGCGACAAGGACAAACUGAAAGAGUUCGGCACGGGGAGGGUUGCGGAAGGCAUCUACGAGUGCAAGGACAAGCGCGAGGACGUCAAGUCCGAGGACGAGGACGGGCAGACGAAGCUCAAGCAGAGGCGCAGCCGCACCAACUUCACGCUGGAGCAGCUCAACGAGCUGGAGAGGCUGUUCGACGAGACCCACUACCCCGACGCCUUCAUGCGCGAGGAGCUCAGCCAGCGCCUGGGGCUCUCGGAGGCGCGCGUGCAGGUUUGGUUCCAGAACCGGAGAGCUAAGUGCCGGAAGCAAGAGAACCAGAUGCAUAAAGGUGGGUGCGGAGGUGGGGAGCGCGUGCAGACACGGGAGGACCUCGGCGGCCCUCACGGCUCCUUUUUUCCCCUUGCAGGCGUUAUCCUGGGCACCGCCAGCCACCUGGACGCCUGCAGGGUGGCCCCCUACGUGAACAUGGGCGCCCUCCGAAUGCCUUUCCAACAGGUUCAGGCACAGCUCCAGCUGGAAGGCGUCGCGCACGCGCACCCGCACCUGCACCCGCACCUGGCCGCGCACGCGCCCUACCUGAUGUUCCCGCCGCCGCCCUUCGGGCUGCCCAUCGCGUCCCUGGCCGAGUCGGCCUCCGCCGCCGCCGUCGUGGCCGCCGCCGCCAAAAGCAACAGCAAAAACUCCAGCAUCGCCGACCUGCGGCUCAAGGCGCGGAAGCACGCCGAGGCCCUGGGGCUCUGACCCACCGCCCGCGGCCCGCCCGGUCCCGGCCCCACGACCCCGCCCACGCUGCGUCCUGCACGCGCCCCCUCCGCGCCCCCAGAAGGUUCGCACGGACGCCCUGCAGCGAGCGCGCGGGCCCUGGGGCAGCGGCCUUCCCGCUCGGGGCAGCUCGGGGUGGGGCCCACCACUGGCCUAGGGAGGGGGCCUUCCGGGGCCCUCACGACCCCGCCAGACCCUCGCAGAGACCGUGCGGAAGAACGCAGGUGACGCUCAGACCACCCAGCCCUUUGCCGCGCUGUCUGCACUUCCUGGGACCCUGCGCCACCGGGAGCCCCUGUGUGUCCCUGUGCGCCCCGCGCGCUCCUGUGCGCCCCCGUGCGCUCCUGUGCGCCCCUGUGCGCCCCUGUGCUGCCGGCGGCGUUCCUACCCUGUGCAUGUGGCUUCCUACUCGCCUUUGGAAGAUCUUAGAGUCUAUUAAACAAAAGAUCUGGGGCUGGUCUCCGCUGAAGAUACCAACA